CCCCUCUGUAGGGCGGUGGCGAGUGCCCGUGACGUCACAGGAGGCGGGGCCAGCGCCGCUGCCGGGUGCUGGAGGCGCCAUUGGAGCCGGCUCGGCUUGUGAGCCCCGGUGAGCAGCCUGAGCUCGGGCCACAGUUUCUGCCGCGUCCGCUCCUGGUCCCUACCCCCUCAGCGGAAUGGCGUGCGGGGCGACUCUGAAACGGCCUAUGGAGUUCGAGGCGGCGCUGCUGAGCCCCGGCUCCCCAAAGCGGCGGCGCUGCGCCCCUCUGCCCGGCCCCACACCAGGCCUCCGGCCCCCGGACGCCGAGCCGCCGCCGUUUCCGACUCAGACCCUGUCGCCGACUCUCCAGCAGCCCGCCUCGCCCGGCAGCGAGCGGCGCCUCCCAACUCCGGAACAAAUUUUUCAGAACAUAAAACAAGAAUAUAGUCGUUUUCAGAAGUGGAGACAUUUAGAAGUUGUUCUCAAUCAAAGUGAAGCUUGUACUUCAGAAAGCCAACCUGUCUCUUCCACACUCACAGCACCCAGUUCUCCAGGUUCUUCUUGGAUGAAGAAGGACCAGCCUACUUUUACCCUUCGACAAGUUGGAAUAAUAUGUGAGCGACUCUUAAAAGACUAUGAAGAAAAAAUUCGGGAGGAGUAUGAACAAAUCCUCAAUACCAAAUUAGCAGAACAGUAUGAAUCAUUUGUGAAAUUCACACAUGAUCAAAUUAUGCGGCGAUAUGGGACAAGGCCAACAAGCUAUGUAUCCUGAAGCUCUUUUGCAUAUCUGGGUACCAGGUUUGACCUCAAGAGAUGGCUGCUGUACACUUUUUGCAACUGGUUUGAUAUCACAUUUCGCUCCAACUUUGCAUCCUGAGAACACUUCAAUGUUUCUGCAGGCCCAUUUUAUACAACUUGAAAGACCUUAAAACUUUCUGGUUGCCACAAGCAUAUCUUUCUUUUCUGCUCAUCCAAUAAACAGCUGUGCCCUACUGUGAUAGAUUUUACAAACAAAAAUACCUGGAGCAGCAGUUUAGCAAAAUAUGCCUUUGGUGGCAGUCAACAAAUGGAGUUUCCCCAAGCACAGUUCUGUAAGAAGUGUGUGAGAGAAUGUGUGUAUGUUUGUGUGUGCGUGUGUGUGUGUUUUAAGUUAUUAUUUGUAUUGUGCAAAUUUUUUUUUAAUCUUGGGGAUUCUGGCUGUGAAUUUAAUGCACGACAAUUAUGGUUAAAAACAUUUGCUUGGUCUACAGAAAAGCAUUAAUGUUUUGUGACCAUAUAAGUUGUAACAGUGGAUUGUUUUAUGUGUAGGUAUUAUUGUUAAAAACAGGGACUGUUUCCAGGCACAGAAUAUGAAUCUUAAGUUAGAGUGGACAUUAGAUGUGAUUAUGAUGAAAUAGCGAAGGUCUUCGGUCCUAGAUCUACAAGUGCGUGGUGAGAAGUUAGAACAAAUUGGAGAUUGGCCGUGGACAUAUGGACUCUGGCUAGCCGUAUUAGAAAAAUACUUUGACUCCAAGCCUUAAAAUACCCUGUGGAGUCUGUGCUCACCUCAUUCACAAAGAGCUCCCUGGCCACCGAACCUCUACAGGGAUAAGGUCUCCCCUGGAGCAGGAGCAUCAGAGUUUACUCCGGAACAUAACAUAGGUGAGCUCCGGGCUGGGCCAGGCCCUGGCAACACUGCUACUUGGGACGAGCCACUUCACCUUUCAGUUAUUAAAAAGAGAAUUUGGAUCCUUGCAUCCAAACUUCUGAGGUGUCCAUAUUCAACUGCUUGAGCUUUUUUUUGGCAACCCCCUGCCUGAAGUUGCUUAUAUAGACUGUUCUUCACCUUGUUUCCAAGGCUGUGGAACAGAAAGUAGCCUCUGUUUUGAGGAGGUGGAAGUUAAGUAUGCAUUUAUUUUUUACUGUGACUUGUUCAGGACCACAUUUUACAAAAUGCCUUGUUUCCUUUGCUAUUGUUUCUGGAAAGGAAAGUUCUAUUAAAAUUGUUUUAGUUUGAAUAUAGAAUAGGUUUUUUUAAUUACGGCUUAUUUUGAAGAAAUUCUUGAGUUAUAAUUCAAAUAUAUGCCAAUACCUUCCAAAAGUAAGGUAAUAUUCAGAGACAGUUGUUCUGAUCAGAUGGCUUAGAGAAAUUUCUGGGAUGUUCACAUUCAAAGAUUCUUUAUUGAUGAAUGUCUUUGACAAAUCUAACCAAAAACUGCAACAUUAUUCUUUGUACAUUUUCAUUAUAUAGUGUUAACAAGCUUAGUUGCAAACAAAUAAAAUACUUAAGCUAUUUGUUUA